AUGCCGAUGACCUUCCACGACUUCUGGCAUCUCGACAUACUGCUGCACCGACGUUACAACCCAUGCAAGCCCGGUGUCAUCGCCUAUGCGCUGCCCUCGCAGAGCUUCAUGGACCAUCUGCAUGAGAUGACGCACAUGAGCCAGAUUGCCGGCACUUCCGACUGUGGUGGUUACGGGUACAACUUUGUGCAGAGCCUGACCGCCGCUCAGAACCUUAACCACGCCGAUACCUAUACGCUGUUCGCUCAAUCCAUCUUUGCCCGAUGCUAA